AUGCAGGCUCAACUGUUCGCCCAGCUCUUUUCCCAACCAGGCCCCCAACCUCUGCCUCCACCUCAGCAACACCCAUCACCGUUCCCGUACUUACCCAUGGACCUUCUCCGCAGGAUCCUGCACCUCGGGAAUCUGCGCAACAAGGACAUCCUCUCCGUCGCUGCCACUUGCAGGACGCUGCAGCGGUGCGCCCCGAUGGCCUAUAAUUCCAUUCACUUCCCACUUGAUGCGACGUGCGGGAGCAUGCCCGGCUUGCUUCGGCUCAUGGACCAUCUCACCUUGCUCCUGCGGACGUUCGAUGACAACAGAGGUCACCCGACCCACGUCUUCCGCGUCUCGCUCUUCGAUCCUCGGUCAUUUCCGGUGGAGGUCUCUCCGCCUGUGGAACAGGGCAUCGACAUAUUCGAUGCCCUCAACGAGAGCGCGGAGAUGUAUGCUCGGCUAUUGAGCGACCUAGACUAUUCCCUCGCUCAACUCAUUGACCCGCAGACGACCCCGAACCUAAGGGCCUUCAUCCUCGACGCCUCCGCGACAGGCCAACUCCUCCCAUUCUUGCGCACGCUGAUGGAGCUCGCGCGGGACGACCAGCGUCCCCUCGCUGAACUCGGCCUCAUUCGCGUGUGCACAAGCGCAGGCGUCACUGUGCCACUGCCUUUGACGAAUGACAGGCCCACCAUGCCUGUGCGUAAUCUGCAGGUCAAGCGGAUCACGAUCCGCUCAGAGGACGUGCAGCUCUCGCGCGCGUUCCUGGCCCAGCCUGUGGGUGUGCGUGCUCUGGACUUCAGGGAGAGCGUCAUGACGAGCGAGCCGUGGGAGGCCGUCUUCGGGGGUGGCUUGCGUACCACCGGGUCUGCCCGCACGGUGAAGCAGUUGUGUCUCACGUGCGGCGGACGCAACCCAGAAUUUGAGGACCACUCUGAGUUUGUAAGCUAUGCGUUGGCGACAGGAUGGGGCAGCCUCGCGACCCUCUCGAUAUCUGCAUUCUUCAAGCUGGAGCACUUGACUGUGCUUGGGCAGUGCCCGCUACGCCGGCUACGACUUACGGUGAAUGUGGAUGACCAGUUUAUGCCCGAGUUUGGGCCGCAUCUACUAUCGGGUAUCCUCGACAUCUUCCCCAAUCUAGAAGAGAUUGUCUUAGACCAUAUGAGAGCAACGCUGUACAGUUAUUCGCUCACCGAGGAACUCCUGGUCGAGUGGAGCACGACUGUGCGCCAGACCCCUACUUUGCGCGUACUCGCGCUCUCGGCUCUUUUUGUGGUGGAAGCAAUCGAUUGUGGAUCUGACUACGCUGAUGUCGGAACCGUAUGCUCGGACGUCGAGAUGAGCGAUAGCAUUGAAACGAGCCUCAGCCUAUCCGACAACCUGUCCAACAAAGCCAAUCCGAUGUCCCCAGAGUACUUCUUCGACGAACUGGUGGCAUUUUCCGAGGACUUCUUCGAUAGACACCUCCACUCAGAGUCCCUACAAGAACUGCGUUUCCUCUACGAGGACCCAGAGUCUGGCUAUACCGAGUCUAUCGGCUUCCGGCCUCACGCAGUGUCUAGGUUGGCACUUCUUCCAGAUGAAGCUGAGAGGAGAGCCUACGUGGCGGUUCAUGUGGACACGGCGUACGAUGUGUUCUGGCAACCUAGGUGGAGGCAGAAGCCGGACGACUAUUUUAGGUCCUUCCUCUACACGUACGAAGAUCGACAGAACGAAGACUAG